GCAUCCCGUUGCCUGCUGAUGUGGACGAUGACUACUUCGCCUUGCAGCCGUUGACUCCUGAUUCUGAGGAGCUCGUCACACUCAAAUGCGACGAAGAGGUCUUCAACUUCAGCAAGUUCAAGCUGACCAAAGACUCUGACUACUCCUGAGCAUGCCUCAACAACUCCACUUUCGUCGAGGGCAGAACCUCUAUCAUCGAAUUCGACGAUAUCGAACCAGAGCUUCUCGAGGCUUAUCUCCGUAUCGUCGACAUUACAGCUACGGGCGAAUCAAUCGACAUCAAGGAGUUCCUAGCCAGCAGCAAAGAGUACAACGAAGCUGCGGAUGACAUUAUUCCCGUGAUCAAAGUUAACCAACUUUCCGACCGGUUGCUGAACGAACCCAUGCAUGCUGAACUGAGCCAGUGUAUUCUGGAGUACUUGCGGAAGGGAGCAGUCACCAAGGAGGACAAGUCAUCGCCAGAGGGCAUGAAACGGCUGUUCAACACAUACAAGAACGCAUACAACACCUUGGAUCCCAGCAUCUCCGAUGAGGCCGAUCUUCAGGUCCAGAUUGCAGAAGUUUGCUGUCCCCGAAUCGACAUGGAUGAAACCUACGCUCUUACCCGCAUUUCUUCUGAAAGCGACGCUUUCCUGGUAGCCGUGCUGAGAGCCGCAACCCAGCGCGUGAAUACUCUUCUGAAGCAGACCAAAUCUCUCAGCGCGAAGGUGAAGCGUCUCAAAAGGGAUAUCUGGAUCUUGACCGAUCCAAGAGACUCGGAGGCGCACUGCGGCGAGCUGGCAAACUACGUGAGAGAUGACUAUGACCCUUUCGAUGGCUAUCCCGAUUUAUACACAGAUGCUUGGUUCAUCGCACAUGGGGACGAUGAGGAUGAAGAUGAUGAAGAUGACGACGAGGAAGAAGAUGGUUGUCAUUAAUGGAGACUACAGCGUGCUUCAAGAUCAUUGAAGACGGGACUGUAGCUCGUCACUCAAUCAUUGGACGAACGCGAUAGUUGGAAGCAGGAAAAGGUCCAGACUCUUUGUGCCUGGGCUAUCAAUUUGUGUUUUGAGGUCAGCCCAACAGAUCAACACAUUUAUGUAUACGUUACGCUCAUUACUCUCCCGAGACAAUCAAAAACUGUAC